CAGUUUUCAUUAUCCAUAACAGUUACCCACUCUCAGUACUAUCAUUAAUUCCACUCCUGUUUUCAAUAUCGCCACUCUUAUCUCUCCCAGCUCUGAGCUCCUCCAAUGGCCACCGUCCUCCGAACUCCACCUUUACGAGCACCGUUCGCACCGCUUUCCUCCACCAUUUCGCCCAACCCUCCGAGAACUUCAUAUGUUUCGUGCGGACAAGGCUCGAGCAGCACGGCGCCGUUUCUCAGUCUCAGCUCUCUUCGGUCAUCUCACUCGGCGUCCGUACGGUUCCUCAAGUUCGCGCCUUUAGCUUCCCGCCAUGAAACUCUAAGGGUCGAGACGGCGGAGGAGAUUCGAGAGCUCAAUGAGGUCGAGGCAGAUACUCCGUGGAGAACUAGCAGUGGAAACUCCUGCCUCAACAAUUUUGAGAUUUUUGGGAACCUUUCGGUUACCGGGGAUGUAAAAUUCAUGAAGAGGCCAUAUGCUUGGGUAUCUGCAUUCUUGGUUGGACAAAGCUUAUUGCUGAUUUCUGCUCCAAUGGCUCAAUCGCGUGAUAUUAUUAAACCAAAUGCGGUUUAUGAGACCGGGGAGUUAUUUGAAUUAGGAAUCCAGCUAUCAUACUUGCUACUAUUGUUAGGUUUUCUUGGGGUUGGAACUUUCUUUGUGAUCCGUCAAGUGCUUGUACGUAGAGAACUUGAUCUUUCUGCCAAAGAAUUGCAGGAGCAAGUAAGAAGCGGUGAUGCUGAUGCAACUGAGCUUUUCGAACUUGGAGCAGUGAUGCUGAGGAGGAAAAUUUAUCCUGCUGCUAUUAAGUAUUUGGUUCAGGCAAUUGAGAAAUGGGAUGGGGACGACCAAGAUCUUGCUCAGGUUUACAAUGCCCUCGGUGUCAGUUAUGUCCGUGAGGGUAAACUUGCUAAGGGAAUUACGCAGUUUGAAACUGCCGUGAAGCUUCAACCGGGCUACGUCACAGCUUGGAACAACCUAGGUGAUGCUUACGAAAAGAGGAAAGACUUUAAGGCUGCACUGAACGCAUUUGAAGAAGUACUACUGUUUGAUCCGAACAACAAGGUAGCAAUACCACGGCGGGAAACUUUGAUGGAACAAGUGAAAAUGUACAGAGAUGUUCCGGUAAAAACAAAGGAGAGAUCAUCUGACAAUAUGCGUUGACGAGGAUACUAUCAGCAGCAGCUUAUGUAAGUUUUGCUUGGCAUUCUCCGAAACAUUCAAUGGUUGUUGAGUUAUCAUUUCGUUUUUCCACGGUCCAAGAUUUAGGCCUGCCUUCGAUAGUCACAUUUUGUAUUCUCUAGCAUCUAAGUCUGUAAUUUGAUUUGGAAAACUUGAUUGUUGCUAUCCCUACACCCCUUUUUACCUUCUAUACACCAUUAAUUUUUGUU